ACGCGUGCUCUGGCAGAACUGGUCCGGCUGCCCUGUCACUUGUGAUGUGCAGCUCCUUUCAGGAAAGAAAGGAAGGAAUGGGGCAGGGCAUGCCAGCUUCUCAUCCUCAUUUGCCCCUGUGCUGAGCCCUCCCUGCCGCUGAGGUUCUGUCCCUUCCAGUUCAGAGUCCCUCCUUCUUUUAGACGUGGGGGGAGGGGCUCGUGUUGGCUACUGGCCCAGAGGUGCCCAGCCAGCCCUGGGGUGCCCUCAGGAGGAUUGCUUUGGGGGCUCUCUGAGGAGACCCGGGCAGGCUGUGUGUGUAUAGACGAAUCCCCCUGGUGAGAAGAGCCCAGUCGCUGGGCUGAGCCUGAAGUGCCCUUCAACAUAGAAGCAGCACGGGAGAUGGUAUCGCAGUUACUACUCAGCUUUCAGGAGGGGUCUGGAUGAUCGAGGGAGGCCGUGGCUUAUCGUCUGUGGUUGGUCAGGAAGGCUGAAUGCACUGUGGCAUCGGGCAGCAGCAGCUUCAGUUUCCUGCUCCGAAGAGGGCUGUGAAUGGGGCCAGGACGCUGCCUUCUGGACACAGCAGCUGUGAUAACUGGCAUUACCUGGGCCCUUUUGCACUGUUGGACAUUUUCCACUUCCAUUUCACAUUCACGGAAGAAUUUCCAGCCCAGACUCUUCCUGCUCUUGCUCAGGGCUGCUCACAGAUAUGCAAAAUAGAGACCUCCCACCUCUGCAGCAGCUGCAGACAGGACCCAGCUAGCUGCACUUAGACUGACUCAGCGCAGCUCCCUGGCAGCACGCACACCUGGCAUGAGUGCGUUGCCUGGGUGGCGUCCUCAGGAUCAGCCAUGGAGACACCAGCGCCAGGCUCAGCCGAGAUGCCUCGCCAGUUCCCCAAGCUGAACAUCUCCGAGGUGGACGAGCAAGUCCGGCUCCUGGCUGAGAAGGUGUUCGCCAAAGUGCUCCGAGAAGAGGACAGCAAAGAUGCCCUGUCCCUCUUCACCGUCCCUGAGGACUGCCCCAUCGGGCAGAAGGAGGCCAAGGAGAGGGAGCUGCAGAAGGAGCUGGCGGAGCAGAAGUCCGUGGAGACUGCGAAAAGAAAGAAAAGUUUUAAGAUGAUUCGGUCCCAGUCCCUGUCUCUGCAAAUGCCGACGCAGCAAGAUUGGAAGGGACCCCCAACAGCCAGUCCGGCCAUGUCUCCUGCAACCCCUGUGCUCCCUGGAAUCACUUCCCAGCCCGCGCCUGCACUGUAUGCCAUGCCCGAGUUCCAGCGGGUCACCAUCAGCGGAGAUUACUGUGCUGGGAUCACUGUGGAGGACUAUGAGCAGGCUGCCAAGAGCCUGGCCAAGGCUCUGAUGAUCCGGGAGAAGUAUGCCCGGCUUGCCUACCACCGCUUUCCACGGACCACAGCCCAGUACCUGAGUCAUCGGCGAGCAGACGCUGCACCUCCGGAAGAGGGGCUCCCAGACUUCCACCCACCCCCACUGCCCCAGGAAGACCCUUACUGCCUGGAUGAUGCUCCCCCGAACCUGGGCUACCUGGUCCGCAUGCAGGGGGGCAUCCUCUUUGUGUACGAUAACAAGAAGAUGCUGGAGCGCCAGGAGCCCCACAGCCUGCCCUACCCCGACCUGGAGACCUACACAGUGGACAUGAGCCACAUCCUGGCUCUCAUCACUGAUGGCCCCACGAAAACAUACUGUCAUCGGCGACUGAACUUUCUGGAAUCCAAGUUCAGCCUUCACGAGAUGUUAAAUGAAAUGUCUGAGUUCAAAGAGUUGAAGAGUAACCCCCACCGAGACUUCUAUAAUGUGAGAAAGGUGGACACACACAUCCACGCGGCUGCCUGCAUGAACCAGAAGCACCUGCUGCGCUUCAUCAAGCACACGUACCAGACGGAACCCGACCGGACAGUGGCCGAGAAGCGGGGCCGGAAGAUCACCCUGCGGCAGGUGUUUGACAGCCUGCACAUGGACCCGUACGACCUCACUGUGGACUCGCUGGAUGUCCACGCGGGCCGGCAGACGUUCCACCGCUUUGACAAGUUCAACUCCAAAUACAACCCAGUAGGGGCCAGUGAGCUGCGUGACCUGUAUUUGAAAACUGAAAACUACCUGGGAGGAGAGUACUUUGCUCGGAUGGUCAAGGAGGUGGCCCGGGAGCUGGAGGAGAGCAAGUACCAGUACUCAGAGCCGAGGCUCUCCAUCUACGGCCGCAGCCCCGAGGAGUGGCCCAACCUGGCUCGCUGGUUCAUCCAACACAAGGUCUACUCCCCCAACAUGCGCUGGAUCAUUCAGGUGCCCCGGAUCUAUGACAUAUUUAGGUCAAAAAAGCUGCUGCCAAGCUUUGGGAAGAUGCUGGAGAACAUCUUCCUGCCCCUUUUUGAGGCCACCAUCAACCCCCAAGAUCACCGAGAGCUUCACCUCUUCCUCAAAUAUGUGACAGGGUUUGACAGCGUGGACGAUGAGUCCAAGCACAGCGACCACAUGUUCUCCGACAAGAGCCCCAGCCCGGACAUCUGGACCAGUGAGCAGAACCCGCCCUACAGCUACUACCUGUAUUACAUGUACGCCAACAUCAUGGUGCUCAACAACCUGCGCAGGGAACGGGGCCUGAGCACGUUCCUGUUCCGGCCUCACUGCGGGGAGGCCGGCUCCAUUACCCACCUGGUGUCUGCUUUCCUGACCGCCGACAAUAUUUCCCAUGGGCUGCUCCUCAAGAAGAGUCCGGUGCUGCAGUAUCUCUACUACCUUGCUCAGAUCCCCAUCGCCAUGUCUCCUCUUAGCAACAACAGCCUGUUCCUCGAAUAUUCCAAAAACCCUCUGAGGGAGUUCCUGCACAAGGGACUGCAUGUGUCCCUCUCCACUGAUGACCCCAUGCAGUUCCACUACACCAAGGAAGCACUGAUGGAAGAAUAUGCGAUUGCAGCUCAAGUGUGGAAGCUGAGCACAUGUGACCUGUGCGAGAUCGCCAGGAACAGCGUGCUGCAGAGCGGCCUCUCGCAUCAGGAAAAGCAAAAAUUUCUGGGACAAAAUUAUUAUAAAGAAGGCCCUGAAGGAAAUGAUAUUCGAAAGACAAAUGUGGCUCAGAUCCGGAUGGCGUUCCGAUAUGAGACCUUGUGCAAUGAGCUCAGCUUCUUGUCUGAUGCCAUGAAAUCAGAAGAGAUCACAGCCCUGACCUAAGAGGUCCAGCACUGGACAUGCAUUUUAACUUUCUGGUUUAAUUUCAAGUCUGCUGUGGUUAACAGUGGUCAAGAUACCAAACUAGGACUUUCCUCCAUCAAGAGGAUGAUGCCUCUGAAGAACUUUCAAAAACUAGUGAUUUUGGUUGCACUGUUCACUUUAAGGUCUAAUAUAUGCCCACUUGUAUUAAUAUUUUUGAGUAAAAGAUGGUGACUCCUCCUUGGGGAUCUGGGAGCUGGACACUUGUCUAUGCUCAUUCCUAGUUUUCCAAAUGUUUCUCUUGAAAGUGCUAUUGUUUGCAUUGUUGGAGCCAGGAUCUUACAUGGUCCAGUGCCCAGUGAUAGACAUGAGGUCUGAGGGGCGGUCUGCCAUAGUCCUCUCUGUAGGCCCUACAGGCUCGUUGGUAGUUGUUUGUUUCAGCCUCUGAUUGGCUGGCUGCCUUAAAACCUUCUACUUCAAAGCUCUUUUUCAUAAAGGAACCACUUGAAGAGAAUUAGAAAACAUUCUUUUUGAUUGUUUUUUUUUUUAAAUGAAUUUUAAAACUGUUUUAUUUAGACCUCCUCCCUUUCUAUUUAGGAAACCAAAUGUUCACACUGAAACCAUCACUCCUAUUCUGCGUCUCAGUUUCCUCAUCCGAAAGGUGAGGGUUUAGACUAGGUGAGUGGUUGGUUUUCAAGUCCCCCCUCCUGGACCAUUCAGGGCAGGGAUGGACAGUGGCGGGGGAGGGAGGCUCCAGGGUUGCUGCUCUUAUUUCUUCAAGGUGACUCUGCUUUCAUCAGUUUUACAUUGGGGCUUCUACAUAUUUACAUUUGAACUAAGGACUGUGAAAAAAGCACAGGACUAGAUGAUUUCUAGUCCUUUUGGCUCCAAUAUUCUAGGAUUAUAGCCCAAUUAUUUUACUUAUGAAGACUUCAGGUCAGAGAAGUGAAAUUUGCUUAAGUACUAGGACUAGAACUGGCUUUCCCUGAUCCUAAUCCAGUCCUUUCCCCACUAUUCCAUCAGGCCUCAGAAAUUUAAAUUUUUUUUUUUUUCUUUUUAGGGCUGCACCCACGGCAUAUAGAGGUUCCCAGGCCAGGAGUCUAAUUGGAGCUAUAGCUGCCAGCCUCUGCCACAGCCACAGCAAUGCAGGAUGCGAGCUGCGUCUGUGAUCUACACCGUGGCGAUGCUGGAUCCUUAACCCACGUGAGUGAGGCCAGGGAUUGAACCCGCAACCUCAUGGUUCCUAGUAGGAUUCCUUUCCACCACUGCGCCACGACUGGAACUCCAGAUUUUUUUUUUUUAACCAUUGCAUUCUCCCCCCGCCCUGCCGGUGAAAUCUCCUUAACCAAUACACAGACUUCUCAGAAGAUCUAAGUGGUCUCAGGGGCCAGGUAGAAAGCAUUUUUAAAGGCCAGUGUGAAGUCAAGUUUUACCAAGGUACUCUUCGUGUGUGUUACUAGUGCCUGGUACAUAGUAGGUGCUCAAUAAAUGUUAUUAAAUAACUGAAUGGAUUUCCUCUUCUGGCAACUUUUUGAGAAUUUGUGCUCCUAGUACUCAACAAGCUGCUCAAGGACUUUUCCAUUUCUGUGGGCAAACACAGACUAUGGGAAGCCCUUUUGAAUCGUUCAGAGUUGGAAGAAAUUUUUGCCUGUGAAAAUGCUUACCUGACGUUAUUGUCUUCUCCUGUUACUGUAUAAUACUUGUCUCCUCCACCGGUCAACUCAGCAUAGAGGACAUAAAUUCGGUCUUUUUAUUAGGCAAACAUAUGCUAUCUUACAGCUAAUCAUGAAACUGAAUUUAUCUUAGGCAUUAUUUUUGAAAAGCCCCCAUUUGUAUUUGCCCUAAUAUAGCCAAGUAUUGUACAGUUUUUCAUUGUCAUUUUAUCUGUAUGAAGUAUUUGGUUUUAGUUUUUAAAUAAAGUCUGUUAGGACCAUGGAUCAAUAAUUUAAAACUUUUAAGUUAACACUAUUUAAAGCAAAUCUUUUAAGUUUUUAUUUUUAUUUUUGGCUGUCCCAUGGCAUAUGUAGUUCCUGGGUCAGACACCAGCAACAUGGGAUCCUUAACCCUGUGCUGGGUUGAGGAUCAAAUCUGGGUCCCAGCGCUCCAGAGAUGCUGCCAGUCUCACUGGGACACAGCAGGCACUCCUUUAAGUUUUUAAGAUGGGCAUCAUGAAAAUCAACUAUCAGUAAUAAGUACUAAUUUAUCUUUUCUAAGACUCGGACAGUCACUAUGGAUGACACUCACUAGGAAAACUCAAGAUUUUGAACUGAAGCACACUAGAUCCAGAAGGUAAACCUUUGCUCUUUUUCUCUAACUUCUGCUGUUACAGUUCAUGAGCAAAGCCUCAUGCGGUCAUGUUCAUUUCCCUGGAUAUAACUUCAGUCUGUUCAGCCAACACCUACUGGAUUUUCCUUGUCCUGUAAGCUUUUUCAGACACCAUUUUCUAUAGCCCUUUGCACUCUUAUUACAUCAUUGUACCUAACUGGCUUUUUUUGGGUGAAUCUCUACUUUGUUUUGUGAUCACAGUUGGAAUCAAAGCCAAUUGAUACUAGCCCACGUUAAAAAAACGUUUUUGAGGCAGGUGUUAUCCCUUGCCUCAAAAGCUCAAGUUCAUGUUAUGUAUCACUUCAACAUGCAUUGUUGAAAUGACCAGUGUUAUUUAUUUAUUUAUUUUUGCCUAAUGGAAACAAAUCACAGCUCCAGGAUUGGUCCUUACCAAGGCCUGUCCUGAGCCUUGACUUUCUUACCCUUGAUAAAGCCAUGUUGAAAGCACAUCCUUCUAGGUUUUCUCUGGGUUCUGAGUGCUGUGUUGGUGAAACAAUAUUCAUCUUUUUCUGGGUUUGCAGACACAACUGAGGUGCUAUGUUGGUAAUAUACCCAGGUAUUCUCAACCUGAUCUAUGACUGUUAUAAAGAACAAGCAUAAAUAAGUACCUGCAAUAAAAGGAACACUAACCAGACACAGUUUCUUGAAAAUUUUUGUACCUUUAACCUCUAAAGAAAGAAAUACCUUAUUAGAAAGAUAGAAGAUGCCAGAGAGUUAGACUAUAAAUAGCAAGAUUUUAUCAGUAAUUUUUACUGUCCAAUAGAGUAAAAAAAAAAAAAGACAUGAAAACAAAGUCUGUUGCCAGCUGUCUAUAUUGUCAUUGUGUUGCCCAUUAUAAAUGUGAGUGAUCAGCUGAUUAAUCUCUAAGGAGCUUUCUUAUUCCUAGAUAAAGUAAGCUGGACUUAAUUUAAAAAAAAGUUAAAAUGCAAAUUCUUUGGACUGCCUUUUAAUGAAUCCAACUUCCCAAUGUUAAAAAAAAUCACUGAACCGAAAGAUAUUUUCAAGCAACCUUAUUACCCAGAUACAUUAUAUUAUGAAAUCAAGCCUAAUUUAAAUGAGUUUUCAAACAGCAUAAAACAUCACAACCCCCCAGAGUACAAUACAAAACAAUCCUCUAAGGAAUAUAAACAAUUAGUAUAUAAGAGUGUGAAACUACAUGAUAAGAAAAAAACCCUCUUCAAUUAGCUAAAAUUUACUUGCUAAAGAUUAUUUAUUGCACAAUAGGUCAGUUUGCCCUAAGAAUAAAACAGAUAUUAUCCUCAACUUCUAAAUUCAGUACACAGUCAAAUCCAUUUUCUCAAACUAAAGUUCUACAAUAUUAUGAGUAAACCCUUUGUUAUUGAGUUAGGAUAGGGAAACUUUAUAACUUACAAAACAAACUUCUUAGAGUUCAUGAAACCACUUCAUAAAUCCUAGAAGGCACCCAUAUUUCCUAUCAUAGUAAGUGCAUAUAAGUAGUUCAUAUUUAUAAAAGACAAGCUGUACAGAAUACAAAAAGUAUACAUUUCAUCCAUUUAACAAAUUUACAACUUUUACGAUUAGUUAUCACAGUAGAACCUAACAUUCACAUCUACGGAAUUAUCACCCAGUUUAAUGGAGUGAGCAAAAAACUGUGCUCAUUUAUUUGAUAAGGCUAGUAAAAACAUAUUUCACAGUAGAUCAGUUAGUACCUUGGAGCUUAUACUAGAAAAGGAAGAGGUCUGGGUAAUAUCAAGUCAUUAGGCUCGCUGUUUAUUUCCUUGAAAGGUGAAGGAUGCUGGGGGAUAAAGUCAUUGGCUAUACCUGGAAAGAUCAAAAAAUCUAUACAACUUUGCUCAUUUUCAGAAACAUUCUUAAAGUGAGCAUUCUAAAUUAGACUCAGCCAGUCUAAUCCAAAAAGGCAAUUUAAAAUCUUACAGCUAGAAAAGACCUCAGAAGAUUAUCUUAUCUCAAGGCUUUCAAAAUAUGUCCUUUAUUAAAAUGUGGAAUACUAAGAAUCCAUCGAGGAAAUUCAGAGUUCUGCAAUUCUGACUUAAAAUUUUUUCAAAAAAAACCCUACAAAACAAAUCCCAACAUGCCACUGUGUGUUGCUCGUCAAAUUCCAAUAUACCAGAUAUCACCAGUGCAUUGUUACAUGUUUUUGUAGGUUGACUUCAUAAAUAUUUAGUUAUAUGGUAUAUAAAGUUUAUAUAAGGAAAUUUGUAAUAAUAAAAUGACAUACAUUGUAGGGUAGGGUGUGUGUGUGUGUGUGUUUAGGGGUUCUAAGAUUUUUACUUGGGGGAAAAAAGGUUCUACUGCUGAAUUAAAGUGUGAAAACAAUAGAUAAAGCCUGUUCUAAAAUAAGAACUUACAAACUAGAGGACAGGGCUUUCUCUAGGUCAUACAACCAUCAAAUGCUUUGCCAGGUUGACAGGAUAGAGUCCCCAGUACUCCGCCUGCACACAUCCAUAGCAAAUGUUUAGCUAUUUGGUACUGAGCUGCCUUCACCAUGAAUGUCAACCAUUUCAUCAUCAGUAUUUGGGGGUAAAAUCAAGCUACUUUUGGUCAGAUAUUUUUCCUAAAAAUGAAUUACUUAAUUUGCAUGCAUAGUAAAAUCCUAGUAUCUGAAAAUUUUGCCAAACAAUAGGCAGCAACUUAGAUUGUAUAUUUUGGUACUUUGAAAAAUAGCAGUAUUUGCUACAAGUCAGAAAAGGUCAUCAGACCCUAGUUUAUUAUAUGCUGAAAUGUUAAUGCUUAGCAGAAAAUAAAAACUUAUAAGUAAAAGUACCUACUUAUUUUGACUAUUGGCAAAAUUUUAAAAAAAAUGGUUCAAGUGCCACUGAACAUUAUAAUUCCAUUAUAACUAUUUUAUAGAGUAUUUCAAAUAAAAUACACUGAAACAGUAACAGAGUCGAUCUCCUAAUUUUCAUUGGUGUUUUAUGUACGUAUGCUUAAAAGGCUAUUAUACUCUAUUUUCUCUUAAUCCAAGAAAUUUGAAGACUUUGGGACCUCAGAUGCCUUCAAGUUAAGAGA